GCUCAUCUUCUUCACUAUCCAGUAGCCACAUCAUCGUCCCCUCCUCCACCCACAAGCUGCUCAGUGCUUCGAGCUUUCGCCUCUCCUCUUCUCCAAACACAGAUAGCGCAAGUACUGACCAAUGCUUUCCUCCAAAUCAAACCCAUCUCUCCUCCGCUGCUCUCCGCGUCUAAGGCGAAGGCUGUGACUGGAAGGAAUGGCGGCGGUUGCGGAGGUCUGCAGGUAACAUGCCGGAAGAAGGAGAUACACCCGGAGUUCCACACGGACUCCAAAGUGUACUGCAACGGGGAGCUGGUGAUGACCACCGGCGGGACACAAGAGGAGUACAACAUUGACGUUUGGUCCGGCAACCACCCGUUCUACCUGGGGAACUGCUCCGGCGUGCUUGUGGACGCGGACCAGGUCGAGAAGUUCCGGAAGAAGUUCGGUGAGCUGACGCAGCUUAUGAAAAUCCCUGUGCUCAAGGGCGAGAUUGUUUUGCCCAGCAGGUAGAAAUCCGGAAAGGGCAAUAAAAAGUAGAAAGAACAGUGAACAACUCACAACUUGUGUAUGGAGGUAAAAUGGGUUUCAGAUUGGUGUAAUUGGGUCUCUGUUAAGUUUGAGAAUUGUGAAGUACACUUUGCCCCCGAUGAGAAAUUGCAGAUAACGUGUUCGAUAAAAUGCCUCCGUAAACUUGAAACAUUAGCAGCAGCAGCUGGCAGCAUAUGUUGAUGCGAACAUUUGAUUUCAGCAUCUGAAAUAGCAGAAGCAAGCAAAUCCAGGG